AUGUCAACUCGAACGAAGACCGUAUGUGUGAUUGGUGCUGGUCCUUCAGGGCUCGUGGCAGCCAAAACACUGACCCACGACCAUCCAAAAGGCACCUUCGAAGUAACAAUUUUUGAGCAGUCUCAUAGAAUAGGUGGCUUGUGGCCUAUAUCUCGUGAGGAUGACGGCCUAGUGAAUCCUAAUAUGUGCACAAACCAAAGCCGUCAUACAGUCAGUUUUAGUGACCUGGCAUGGCCCGCUUCAUCCCUCGCUUGCCCGAAAGCAUGGCAGGUUGGGAAAUAUCUCGAAGGCUAUGUCAAAAUGUACCCUGGAUAUUCCAUUAAGUUGGGUGUCAGAGUUGUCAAGAUCGAGCCACCGACGGAUUGGCAAACCGCUGCAUCAGGGAAAUGGAAUGUUUAUAUUCAACAUAAUGAUUCUACCGAAUCGCCACAAGUUUACGAAUUUGAUCAUGUAAUUGUAGCCACUGGGUUCUUUGGAAAGCCUAAAAUACCCAAUAUCCUUCCAGACUUCCCAGCUCCAGUCUGGCAUAGCUCAAGGCUUCGUGCUGUCAACAGUUUGUUGACUGAUAAUGGAAAUAUUACAUCCCCCAAGGAAAGGAAUAUUGUGGUUGUUGGAGGGCAGAUGUCGGGUAUUGAAACCGCAGCAGCAGUCGCUUUGCAGGUAUCCUCUGCCAUGAAUUCAACGCAACGUCCAAUUCCAAAUGCGAAUGAAUACAAGAUAUACAAUGUGAUUCAACAACCAUUUUGGGUGAUGCCUCUCACAUUCCCAAAUAACCCUAUGAUCGAUGGUGCUUCGCCCGAAGCUGAAAAGAUUCAAAACUCAGCACCAACGUUCUUGCCCCUUGAUCUUGUCACUUACAAUAUUGGAUGGAAGCCUCCAGGACCCCUCAAGGACUCAUCUGGUCACAUAUCGCCGGAAGCAGCCAAAAUUACAAACGACUUCAUGAACAACUAUCUUGGUACUGACCAAAGUGAGAUUGGUACAGAUCAUCUUGCAAUAGCAGGAGAUGUUCGCUCUGAACCACCACGACUUACAACCAGCGAAGACUAUGUCAAAUUUGUCCGAUCUGGAGACAUCAAAACGAUCCGAGGAAAGGUGAUGGGUGCAGCACCCAAUCAAUCAAAUGCCAUCAUCGUCGAGGAGAACGGAACUCAACAAACCAUUGACGAUGUUGCAGCAGUAAUCUUAGCAACUGGCUUUGAUGCAUCACCAUCACUCAGUGUGUUACCAAAAGAAAUCCUCCAACAUCUCUCAUUCGACGAAACAAGCAGCGAAUUUCCACUCGCCCUAAACGUGCAUUCUACAAUCAACGCAAAACUCCCCUCCCUGGGCUUCGUCGGCUUCUACCGAAGUCCCUAUUGGGGCGUCAUGGAAAUGCAAGCUCGAUUCCUGGGAAAGCUCUGGUCCGGAGACGCACAAGCACAGAAAACGCUAGAAACAGACGAUACCCUCGAUAAAAUUCUGCAACUGCGCACCGAUCCCCGCAUUGCCCAAUUUCCGAUGGGAGACUAUGCAUACCUCAUGGAAACAUUCAGCGCCGCCGUAGGAAUCCAACGACAAGAACCCACCCACGACCCAGACGCACGCACAGGAAUCGUCCUCCCAUCCCGCUACCUGUAUUCCCACGCGAGCAGCACCCAAAAAGAUCAAGCCGCGCUCGCUCUCUCCAUUAUCGACUCGACUUUUCUUUCCUCAUCCACACGCGGCGCCUUCGUCUCUAAAGCUAUAUUCCGUUCUCUGCAAGGAACAUGGAAACUCUCCCGCUCCCUCAUAAGUAAUCUCCCCACCUUCCCCUCCGGCACCUUCACCGGAACCGCCAAGUUCCUCCCCCGUUUCCCUACAGACCCGUCCUUCGAUUCCGAAUACCUAUAUGUCGAAGAAGGAGAUUUCGUUGCGGAUACCGGAAUCACGUUUCGAGCUACGAGGAGAUAUGUAUAUCGAUAUCGAGAGGAUACCGAUACGUUAAGUGUGUGGUUUGUGAAAACUGAUGAUAAUCUGGGAGUGGAUUACUUAUUUCAUGAGUUGGAAAUUUUGGUUCCAGAGGCUAGUGAUGAGCAGGGGAGUAAGAGUGAGAAUAUGGGAUGGAAGGCAAAGUCGAGUCAUCUUUGUAUUGAUGAUACUUAUGAUGUGAAAUAUGAGUUUAUAUUUCAUGGGGUGAAUGUGGAGGAGUGGAGCCAGGAAUAUAGCGUGAAGGGGCCGAAUAAGGAUUAUAGAAUUAGGAAUGGGUAUCGACGGUAG